AUGGAAAUAAUGGCAGAAGUAAAUCUCAGCCAUGCGAAGGAAUUCAUUCUUUUGGGAUUCUCUGACUUACCUACUCUCCAAGAUACUCUAUUUAGUAUUUUCUUAGUCAUUUAUAUAAAUAUCCUUAUUGGAAAUGGACUCAUUAUUGUAGUUACAAAAUCUGAUAAAGCUCUCCAAACCCCAAUGUAUUUUUUUCUUGGAAAUUUUGCAUUCUUGGAAAUCUGCUAUACAUCAGUCACUCUUCCAAGGAUGCUGUCAGACCUUUGGACUCAGAACAAAAAUAUUUCUGUGCUGGCCUGUGCUACUCAACUUUGCUUCUUUCUUAUUCUAGUAGUCUCUGAGAGUCUUCUUCUGGCUGUAAUGGCAUAUGACCGCUAUGUAGCCAUCUGUAAGCCACUCUAUUAUACUCUUAUUAUGAACCAGAAAGCAUGUAUACAGCUAGUGGUUGUCUCCUGGAUCACUGGGACCCCUGUCCUGAUAGGGCAGACAUAUCAGGUUUUCUCAUUACCCUUCUGCAAUUCUAAUAUAAUUAAUCAUAUUUUCUGUGACAUGCCUCCAUUAAUGAAGUUGGCCUGUGGGAACACAACUUGGAAUGAGAUCUUGGUCUAUGUAGAAGUUGUAUCAUUUGGGUUUAUUCCCUUUGUGCUGAUACUUUAUUCUUAUAUUAAAAUCUUCAUUACCAUCCAAAAGCUUCCAUCAGUAAUGGGAAGAUCCAAAGCCUUCUCUACUUGCUCUUCUCACUUAAUGGUUGUGGUAUUAUUUUAUGGAUCUGGUAUAGUUGCUUAUUUACAACCUAAGACCAGUUACGUGGCAGGAAUAGAGAAAAUGCUUUCUCUUUUCUACACCAUUAUAACUCCAAUGUUUAAUCCUCUGAUAUACAGCCUAAGGAAUAAGGAUGUCAUUGUGGCAAUGAAAAAAUACUUUUUAAAUGUAAAGUGUCAUGAAGCAAUGAGAUAA